AUGUUGGUAGAGUUAAAAGACCGGCUUACCCAAGCCAUUCGGGAUAUGAAGAAUGCUACUGUUGUGGAUGAGAGCGUAGUGAAUGAAUGUCUCAAUGAGAUCACCCGGGCACUUCUUCGAGGUGAUGUGCCCUUUCAUUUAGUUAAGGAAUUGGUGAACAAUGUCAAGAAGAGUGCCAAUCUCAACAAUCUGCCAUCAGGGAUCAAUAAGCGCAAAAUUCUUGAAGAGAGCAUAUUUAGUGAGCUCUGCAACAUGUUAAAUCCGGGAAAACCAUCUUUUACCCCGCGAAAGGGGGAAACUAGUGUUGUGAUGUUUGUUGGUUUACAAGGAACUGGGAAGACCACCACGUGUGCCAAAUAUGCCUAUUAUCAUCAGAAGAAGGGAUGGAAACCAGCAUUGAUCUGUGCUGAUACAUUCAGAGAUGGUGCUCUUGACCAGUUAAAACAAGAUGCUGUGAAAGUAGAAAUACCCUAUUAUGGAAGUUCCACAGAGUCAGAUCCUACAGAAGUUGCUUUGGAAGGACUGAAACGGUUCAAGAAUGAAAACCGUGAUCUGAUCAUUAUUGAUACAAGUGGGCGUCACAAACAAGAGGUCACACUUCUUGAAGAGAUGCGUCAACUGUAUGAGGCAACGAAACCAGAUCUCGUGGUGUUUCUGAUUGACAGUAGCAUUGGUCAAGCAGCAUUUGAUCAAGCUCGAGCUUUCAAACAGAGUGUCUCUGUUGGAGCUGUGAUUGUCACUAAAUUCGAUGGUCAUGCUAAGGGAGGGGGUGCUAUCAGUGCUGUGGCAGCAACAAAAUGUCCUGUCAUAUUCAUAGGAAACGGAGAGCAGCUGGAUAAGUUUGAAGCUUUCAAUGCCAAGGCUUUUGUUUGUCGUCUCCUAGGUAAGCAUCAUCCAGCUGAGCUAGUGGACAGAUUUCGGGACUCCGUGUCUCUGGAUGAACAGGCUGACUUGUGCCAAAUGUUUACUGAUGGGGAAAACUUUACCUUCAAAAAGUAUCAGGCUGUUGUAAAGCACAAUUACAAGGUAUGGAAGCGUCAGGUUGCUUGCAUUCGUAGUUGUAUCAUAAUAUCUGAGAUCACCCCUUCUAUUACUGUCCAGAUGGGUCCUUUAUUGUUAAGUCAAGUCCGGGAUUUGCAGCCAAAUGUCCAGGAAAACGUGAAACCAGAACAAAUGAAGAAAUAUCUGGUCAUGAUGGAUUCACUAACGAGUGAAGAAUUAAACAGCUCAAACCCAAAGAUUAUGAAGGAAUCUCGGAUCAGGCGCAUAGCACAAGGCUCUGGUUGCCAUGUAGGAGAUGUUAUGAAGAUGUUGGAGCAUUACAAGCAACUCGCAAACAUGUGCACCAGAAGAAAAAUGGAUAAUAUGACUCGAAUGAUUUCAAGAGGCCGGAUGCCAUCGGGCGCUGGCGUGAGUGGUGAUCUCAUGAAUAUGUUCCGACAGCUGAGUUCAUCAGCAGGCAUGGCCAGAAUGCUUAGCGAAGCGAUUUAG